AUAUGAUAUUAAUUUAUUAUUAAUAUGGUAUUAUGAGUAUCUAUUAUAUAACUAAUAGAUGAUUCACCUGCACACAGGUUGUAUUGUUGUGCCUAGUUUGUUGUUCAUGAUUAUCUUCUGUCACAAUAAAAGUCACGAGACUUUCACGAUACACCUGAACGCCCCUUCCUUUUAUUUAAAGAAACUUAAAGACUUUAAUCUAAACCUCAGGUCACCGCGAUGAGGGUCUGAUCACUGUCCAAUGACCUCCUCUUCCUCAUUAUGACGUCACAGCCCGUCACUCCAUCCACACGCACUCAUCUCCUCCACGCCCGAAGGAGCGCGGUGGCGAACGCGUCGACGGGCCUGGCCGCCAGGUGGCGCUGUUCCCCCUCACAACGCGGAGUCACGGGGGACGGGCACAUGCUCCCCUGGCUCUCGCUCUCUCUCUCUCUCUCUCUCUCUCUCUCUCUCAGUCGGUUCAAACCCUCAGGGAGACCGACACCAGUCAGCCGGACUCUGCGCUCCUCUCCCCGCGCGCUGCCUGCCGGGUCCGCUCCCGGUCCGCUCCCGGUCCGCUCCCGGUCCUGGAGAACUUCACUGAGGAGAGAAGAACCCGCAGCGGAGCUCCAGACCCGGUCCCGGUCCCAGAGAUGUCCCGCGUGCACGAUGUGAGCACCUGAACCCUCCACUGAGCCCCGUAACCGAUGGCAACCUCUUUCCAAACUCUUCCUCUGACUCGCGGACAAAACAAAAACUUCCGUAACCCGCCGCCCGCCUCGUCCCGGUGCAUGAUGGGUAGUGUGGGCAGCCUGGUGGAGAGGCCGGACGCUUCCCCCCCUAAAGGCAGCCGGGCGGUUCCCCAGGUGAGGCCCCAGCAGAGCAACGGCCUCCUGAAGAAAAGCUUCACCCAGAGGGAGCUGCUCAACUACCUCAACAUCACCAGGAAAGAGCCCAAAGCGAGCGGCGGUAAGAAGGACGCGUUCUCCGGCCAUGAGGAGAACCGACUCUACGCCAAGGUCUACCAUAAAGACGGCACCGAAGUGGACUUGACAAAGAACUCACUGCCGAGUGAAAAGGCGCGUUCGAGGUCCGCCUUCAAGCCCGUCACCCCCAAGAACUUCAGCUCCAUGCAGAACCUGUAUCCGUCCUCCAAGUGGGAGGAGGCGGAGCUCGGCCUCUCCGACGGGCUGCUCAGAGCCUACGCCCACGUGCCCAAAGCCAUCUCCACCUUCUCCUCCUCUUCCUCGCGGCACGGAGCACCGGCGUCCAGCGGCCACAAGGCCGUCUCCUCGCCGCGCGGGGCGAGCCACGAGGACGACCACGAGGACGACCACCUGUCCGACUCGGGCCACAACUCCAUGAGCAGCCUGCCGCCGGACCGGCCGCCCUUCCGCCCACACCUGUCUCACAUCAGUGCAUCGAUGGGUCAGAUCAACACCAUCGGCUCCGCGGACCGCACCAGAGGGCCAGGGGGCGUGGCCAUCGGAGAGAUGGCGUGCCGGAGCAUGGCGACCCUGAGCCGCCUGGCUCCCUAUGGAGGAGAGGCCCCGCCCCCUUAUGAGUGGACACUCUCCCUGUCGGUGGAGGAAGUGGUCCGGGAUCUGGAGGAGCGCCUGGUGGAGAAGGAGCACGAGCUGAAGCAGAUGAGGAGGAACCUGGACGAGAGCGAGGGCGCCAUCGCUCAGGUGACGCUCCGUUCUCCACCAGCGAUCCGUACGUCGGCCUCACCUUUGAAGUCCGACCCCGCCCCCCUCCUCCCUCGCUCCAUGCAGGUGUUUGAAGGGAAACAGCGUCUGUGGGAGAAGGAGGUGGAGGAGCUGAAGCGCCUGUACGCCGCCAAGCUGCGCCAGGUUACCCAGCAUGCCCAGCAUGCCCAGCGGUCGCAGCGCGGCCUGCAGCUGCAGCUGUUCAAGGCCCAGCAGGAGAAGAGCCGCCUGCAGGAGGCGGGGCGGAGCGAGGAGGGCGGAGCCAUGGGGAAGAGGACCGGUCCCACCCUGGAGGAGACGCAGUGGGAGGUGUGCCAGAGGUCCGGUGAGAUCUCGCUGCGGGACGCCCGGGCCGAGACGCGCCGCAGAGGCUCCUCCCAGGCUGAGGGCGGCGCGGAGGAGAGCUGCUCAGGAGGCGGCGGCCCGACGGAGGAGCGUCUGCGCGCGGAGCUCCUGCUGGAGCGGCGGCAGAGCGAGGCCCAGGCCGCGGCCUUCGAGGAGGAGAGGCAGACGUGGCAGGCGGAGAAGGAGAAGGUCAUCCGCUACCAGAAGGAGCUGCAGGCCGGCUACCUGGAGACGUUCCACCGCAGCGAGGCGCUGGAGAGGGAGCUGCAGCAGCUGAGGGCGGCGGGGGGGGGAGGAGGAGGAGGAGGAGGAGGAGCAGGGAGCAGAAAUGGGACAUUGGAAACAGAAGUGGCGGCGCUGAGGAGUGGAGAGUUCUCCGGGCUUCCGUGGAUCGACAGGAUCGAGUCCUCUGAGAUUUGAAUGCGACUCGUCGGCCAUUUGCAAAGCAAAGAGUUUCCUCUGAACUCUGAGUCGACCGGAGGAGGAAGACAAGAGACUCACCACCUUGAAAUCAAAGAUGAGGAUCAAUCGAAAAGCUUUAUUAAACUAAAUAAUGAUAAAUUACAACUUUGACUUUUCAUCACGCAUCAUUGUUGAUCUUCUUUUCUUCUUCUCCUGGAGAUAAAGGGCUUCCAUAGAUACACAAGCCCAGAACACUGACCCUACAGAGACUGGACCGAUGCAUCCUCCAGAACACCGACCCUGCAGAGACUGGACCGAUGCAUCCUCCAGAACACCGACCCUGCAGAGACUGGACCGAUGCAUCCUCCAGAACACUGACCCAACAGAGACUGGACCGAUGCAUCCUCCAGAACACCGACCCUGCAGAGACUGGACCGAUGCAUCCUCCAGAACACUGACCCUAGAGAUGCCGUCUGUUCCAAAGACAUCGGUCCAAACACCCAAACUGAUCAAUUAUAAACUUGUAAAUGAGCAAAUUUAUAUCUUGAUCGUUACUAUUUUGUGUUAAUUCUGGUAGUUUCUUCUCCGGAGUGGACCGCUUGUAGUCUUGUUGGUAAGUGAAGGAUUCUGGGGGGUGUGGCCCGGUGAGGUUCUCUCUGGGUGAAGCGGUCCUGACGCUCCGGCUUCACCUUCUAGAAGCUGCAGACCUGCUUCAGUCCGGUCCCACGCCGGGUCUGAAAGGCUGAUCUCCAUGAACAUAACGUCCUGCUGAUUGGUUCCCUCCUCCAGUCGAUAACUACUCAAUGCAUGGCAUAGAAGUAUAAAUAUGUACAUGUCUGUUUUGGAUUCAUAAUAAAUGUUCAUGAAGUGGCUUAAAAGCUGUCGAGUUGGUGUUUUCUCAAGCUUCCC